AUGGCGCUGAACCACGCUUCGCACAAUCCCACAGGCGAGAAGACUGGCCCUGCCACCGGACAACCCCCACCACCGUCGGAGGAGACCAAGGCCGCAAUUAUGGAGGCUGCCAAUGGCGAUGCUAAGGGUCAUACCGCACCAGGGAAGGAUGGCGGCGACCCGGAUGCGCCCAAGAAGGAGAAGUCUGAGAAAGAGCUUGCGAAAGAGAAGGCGAAGGCGGACAAGCUGGCAAAGUUAGCAGCGAAACAGGCUAAGCAAGCAGAGAUGUCUGCGAAGUCACAACCGAAGCAGAAAGAGAAGAAGAAAGAGGUGGAAAAGCUACCUCCGUACGUUGAGGAGACUCCCAAGGGCGAAAAGAAGAUCCUCAAGUCGCUGGAUGAUGAGUACCACAAGGCAUACAUUCCCUCUGUCGUGGAGAGUGCGUGGUAUGACUGGUGGGAGAAGGAAGGGUUUCACAAGCCAGAAUUUGCUGCUGAUGGCAACGUGAAGAAGAAUGGAUACUUCGUCAUUCCUAUACCGCCGCCAAACGUCACUGGCGCUCUGCAUAUUGGGCAUGCUCUCGCGACUUCGCUUCAGGAUACUUUGAUUCGGUGGAACCGCAUGAAGGGCUUGACGGCUCUGUAUGUACCUGGAUGUGAUCAUGCUGGUAUUUCAACACAGAGUGUCGUGGAGAAUAUGCUGUAUCACAGACGCAAUGGCUUGACAAGACACGACUUGGGCAGAGAGAAAUUCGUCGAGACUGUCUGGGAAUGGAAGGAAGAGUACCACGAGAAGAUCAACAAGGUCAUGAAGCGAUUGGGAGGAUCUAUGGACUGGAGCAGGGAGGCUUUCACUAUGGAUCCAAAUUUGUCGGCGGCCGUGAGGCAGACAUUUGUACAAUUGCACGAUGAAGGCCUGAUCUACCGAGCGAAUCGUCUCGUCAACUGGUGUACAAAGCUUUCCACAGCCCUCUCCAACAUAGAAGUGGACCAGAAGGAGCUGGAGGGUUCCACGAAGCUUGAUGUACCCGGCUACGACAAGAAGAUCGAGUUCGGCUCCAUCUGGAACUUCAAGUACCCGAUCGAUGGCACCAACGAGACCAUCGAAGUCGCUACGACACGUCCCGAGACAAUGCUUGGCGAUACAGGCGUGGCCGUACAUCCAACAGAUGAGCGGUACACGCACCUCAUUGGCAAGUUUGUGAAGCAUCCGUUCGUGGACCGCAAGCUUCCCAUCUUUGGCGACGAUUCCGUGGAGAAGGACUUUGGUACUGGUGCCGUCAAGAUCACACCCGCACACGACUUCAACGAUUUCAGGCGUGGAAAGGAGCACAACUUGGAGUUCAUCAACAUCCUCAACGAUGACGGAACGAUGAACUCGAACGCUGGGGUCUUUGAAGGCCAAAAGCGCUUCGAUGUACGUUACGGUGUCAUUCAAGAGCUUGAGAAGCUUGGUCUUUACGUUGGCAAAUCCAACAACAAGAUGCAGAUCCCGCUCUGCAGCAAGUCCAAGGAUGUCAUCGAGCCAAUAUUGAAGCCGCAAUGGUGGAUGCACAUGAAGCCUCUCGCCGAACCUGCGAUUGAAGUUGUGAAGUCGGGCAAGAUCAAGAUCCGGCCCGAAAACGCAGAAAACUCGUACUACCGAUGGAUGUCAAACAUCGAUGACUGGUGUCUGUCUCGCCAGCUAUGGUGGGGACACCAGGUGCCCGCAUACUACGUAAAGUUUGAGGAUGGACCCGCUUACGAUGUCGAUGCGGACCACUGGGUGUGUGCAGAGACCGAAGAAGAGGCAAGAGCGAAAGCCGGGAAGAAAUUCCCUGGCAAGGAGUUCGAGCUUGUACGAGAUCCGGACUGCCUCGACACAUGGUUCUCUUCGGGCUUGUGGCCUUUCUCGACCCUAGGCUGGCCAAAUCAAACUAAUGACUUCGAGAAGCUCUAUCCAACGUCCGUUCUCGAGACCGGUUGGGACAUCCUGUUCUUCUGGGUGGCCAGGAUGAUCUUCCUGGGACUAAAGAUGACCGGCAAAGUGCCCUUCAACGAAGUCUACUGCCACUCUCUCAUCCGUGACUCUGAAGGUCGGAAGAUGUCCAAGUCACUGGGCAACGUGAUUGAUCCAGUAGACAUCAUGGACGGAAUCAGCUUGCAGGCGCUUACCGAUAAGCUGAAGCUUGGUAAUCUUGCGCCAAAGGAGGUCGACCGGGCUGCGAAGUGGCAAAAGUCAGCCUUCCCAGACGGUAUCGAUGAGUGUGGUGCCGAUGCUCUCCGCUUCUCCCUGAUCAAUUACACGACCGGCGGUGGCGACAUCAACUUCGACGUCAAGGUGAUGAGCAGCUACCGCCGCUUCUCAAACAAGAUCUAUCAGGCCACUAAGUAUGUGCUCGGCAACUUGCCUGCGGAUUUCAAACCUCAAGCCAAGGGUGGUAAGACGGGCAAGGAGAGUCUGCCGGAGAGGUGGAUAUUGCACAAGAUGACUAUUGCCGCUCGUGACGUGAACGAGGCACUGGCUGACCGGGAGUUCUCGCACGCAACGCAGACUGCAUACGCUUACUGGUACUACAACCUCUGCGACGUGUACAUCGAGAACAGUAAGGCCAUCAUCCGCGACGGCACUCCUGAGCAGAGGCAGAGUGCAAUUGACACUCUGUACACUGCUCUUGAAGGCGCUCUCACCAUGAUCCACCCCUUCAUGCCUUUCCUCACUGAGGAGCUGUGGCAACGUCUCCCGCGUCGACCUGGCGACAACACCAAGAGUAUUGUCGUGGCUCAGUAUCCAAUGUACGAUCCGGAACUCGAUGACCCGAAGUCCGAACGCGACUACAGCCUUAUCACGGGAUGCGCCGAAGCCAUUCGAUCCCUUUUGCAACAAGAAAAGAUCAAAGAAGACGGCAAAGCCUACGUGCAGCCCUUCACCGACGAGGCCGCACAGACCGCUUCAGCCGAGCAGCAAGCUAUCAAGACCCUUGGCGGCAAGGGUCUCGCGCAACUCGAAGUCCUCUCCCAGGGCCAAGCUCUGCCCAAGGACGUUCCGUGCGUCGUAUACCCCGUCUCUGCUGCUGCUGCCGUCUUCCUCGAGCUCAAGGGCAAGGUCGACCCCGACGCGGAGAUCAAGAAGAUGAAGCCGAAGAUGGAAAAGGCUUCGGAGGAAGCCAAGGCGCAGGAGAAAUUGCUGGGUACUCUCGGCGAGGGCGUCAGCGCCAAUGUGAGGGAGAAGGAAGAGGCGCGGCUGAGGGACUUCAGAAGUAGUCAGAGGGUGUUUGAGGAGACUUUGGCGAGCCUGGAGGCGAUAAAACUUUAG